GAUCUCGCGUGAGUACGCCACUGACGCCAUUGUGAAAUUGAGGCAGGGGGCGGGGGUGAGUGAGGUACCCAUGAGAUGUUUGGAGAAUUUUUAUAAAAUUAUUUAUUUAAAUAAAAAUGGCCGCCGUUGAGAGCGGAGAGGAGAGACUUGAGGAGAAAAGUGAGGACAUCAACCAGAACCCAAGCUCCAAGGACCAUAAAACACACAGAAAGCCCAAAAAGGUGAGGCGAGAACGGGAGAGGGAGCGGAGGGAUGUGGAGAAGGAAAGGUCGGAAUCGUCAUCCACCACCACCACCAUGUCAUCCUCUCGUCACCCACCAGCCCAGUUGGACCGGACCCAGACAUCCCAGGCCGAGGCAGGACCCUCGGAGCCCUUGGAUCCUGCAGCCGGUGAGGCUUCAGGUCUGUCUGAGCCCCCUGCUUCUCCCAAACAGAGGAGGUCCAUCAUCAGGGACCGUGGUCCUCUCUACGACGACCCCUCUCUUCCCCAGGGAUGGACACGCAAACUCAAACAACGCAAGUCUGGGCGGUCCGCUGGAAAAUUUGAUGUUUACUUAAUGAACCCAGAGGGUAAAGCCUUCCGUUCCAAGGUGGAGUUGAUCGCCUACUUCCAAAAGGUUGGGGACACCACCACCGACCCCAAUGACUUUGACUUCACCGUGACCGGGCGGGGCAGUCCCUCGCGCCGCGAAAAGAGACCCCCGAAGAAACCAAAAGUGGUAAAACCGUCUGGGAGAGGGAGGGGCCGGCCAAAGGGCAGUGGAAAGCUGCGACCGGCCACGGAGGGCGUAGCGAUGAAGCGUGUGGUGGAGAAGAGCCCUGGGAAGCUCCUGGUUAAAAUGCCCUUCGGCUCAUCCAAGGUGCCCGAGGGAGUGGGGCAGAUGUCAUCGAAGGCCGCAGUCGCCAAGAUGCGCCCGGGACGGAAAAGGAAAGCGGAGACGCCACCUCAGACCACUCCAAAGAAGCGGGGGCGUAAACCGGGGUCGGUGUCUGCGGCAGCCGGGGCAGCAGGUUCGAGUCCUUCCUCCUACACAGCGGCUGCCGUCCUGGCUGCGGAAGCCAAGAGGAAAGCCCAGAAGGAGCCCGUGCAGCAGACAGCGCUGCCCAUCAAGAAGCGCAAGACCAGAGAAACUGUUGAGGAGACUAAGGACGCUCCAGCCGUAGCCACGCCGGGGACGGAGACGGGGACUCUGGCCAUGGUGGCGGCUGAAGGGACAGAUCAGGGACAGAAGCUGCCAAAGAGUCCAGGGAGGAAGCACAAGGACAGUCCCCUGGCUAGUGGACAGUCCCCGGGGGACACUGGCGAGGCCAGUGCGGGGUCUCACAGCGGGGCCAGCGCGUGGUCUCACAGCGGGGCCAGCGCGGGGUCUCACAGCGGGGCCAGCGCGGGGUCUCACAGCGGGGCCAGCGCGGGGUCUCACAGCGGGGCCAGCGCGGGGUCUCACAGCGGGGCCAGCGCGGGGUCUCACAGCGGGGCCAGUGUGGGCGGCAGCAGUAGCAUCACUCCCCCAAAGAGCCACAGUCACAAGAGAAAAGAGCGCACACCGCACAAACACCACCACCACCACCACCGCCACCACACACACUCCACUGUGCUGGAGGACCCCCCGCCUGCACCUGCCCAGCGCCCGCCUCACCACCACUUCCCCGGCCUCACCAUGGGCCUCGUCUCCCAUGGCCCCAGGCCCUCCGCGCGGCCAGGGCCCCACCAGCAGAACGAACCCCAGGACCUGAGCACUUCCAGGGGGCCCUGUCUGGCCAGCAGCAGGCCGGAGAGCCACACCACUGCAGCCCGGGCGGAGCGGGAUCUGGUCAGACCGGGGAGGCCGGACAGCAGUGCGACUGCAGUGGUGGGGGGGAACCAGCAUCAGGAGGACGAGGUGGCGGGGGUGGCGGAAGGGAGGGAUCUGAGAGACAUUGUGCCCUCUUCUGCCGUACCGAGGCCCAGCAGAGAGGAGACGGUCUCAUCUGUGCCACGGCCAAGCCGAGAGGAGACGGUCGAGUCUCGGACGCCUGUCACUGAAAAGGAAUAUUUUCAUCUCAAGUUUUGAAUUACAGUAUAAACAGGUCUUCUGGCUGUACUCCUCAGUACAACGAAAAAGGACCAUCUCCUUCAUCUGUGGCUUCAUGAAACUUGCUGUGCUACACUGAUGGGUUUCCAUCCGUUUAAGCUCACAGGUGGGCGGUCACAUUACAUGGCACAAAGAACUAAAACCAACAAAAACAAGCAUAAACAAUGCUACCGGUUUUAGAUCCUAGACCCUCCUCCAUCUUCACGUUCACUCAUUUGUUGACAGGUUUUGCCAUUACCCAAUUAUGUAACAGUUGGUUAGACUUAAAAUGUGGUUGGAAUCUAGUCAAAACCUGCUGGGAGCAGAAACCAGCAUUCCUGCUCAAAUCUUGCAAGUGUUUUCUGGUUACAAACAAUUUCGGAAUCAGUUAUGUUUUACCCCACAGACAACGUCUCGCUAAUUUUUUUUUUUGCUCUGUCUCAGUAACAACUCUUCGGAUGAAUUCUAGCUUAAACUCACUGCUUCACCUCCAUUCACAUGCGGCCCCAUCUAGAAAAACCUUUCAGUCAGUAGUCUACCAAGCCUACGGAGUCUUGAAUCUGAAAAACCCUAUCCUUGCAUGUCAAAACUACAUAUCUAUUUGUUAGUGACUUUAUACAGUAUAUGUAUGAUGGUAUAUAUAUAUAUAUAUCUUAUUACUUUAAUGCACCAAUAUUUUAAAUAUGUACUACUCUUUCAUGGACAUCUAGUAGGCAGUUUGAGGAUGUUGUGUAGAGUCAACCUGUAACUGCUAGUAAUCCGUUUUGCCACAACUUCAGAAGUCACAGAUUAUAUUUUUUUUUACCUGCACUAUUUUCUCCUACUGUAGAUCGGAUGUAAAAAAACCCUGAAAUUUCAGAACCCUGACUACAUUUUUCAUUGAAAACAUGUCCUAUAUCUACCCAAAGAGGCUUGUCCUGCUCAAUAAAAUGCAACGUGUAGACAUUGGAUUGGAUGUGGGCCAUAUCUCUUCUCUUGUUUCCCCUUCUCCCCUCCCCUGGACAAACAGGGUGGGGGGGGGGUUAUACAGAUGAAUAGAGCUCUCUUGCUCACUAAAGGGCUAUAUAACGUCUUCAAAUUCUCAACAGUAAGGGAGGGGGGGAAUGGCUGAAGGCCACUGCAUCUAGAACCUAACAUGAUCACUCCGCCUGACUUCUCCCAGUCCUGAGCAUCUUGGAAGUUCUGGUGCAAGUUGUGAUAUCUGUCACCCCCCCCCCCAAGUGCACUCAUAGUGACUCGAUGCACCACUGGAUCGCCCUCUCUCACACUCUCUUCCUUCUCUUUUGUCUUCUCUCUCUUACGCUGCUGAUUCACUAGAAGCUCUAACUUACAUCAGGGUUGGCCCAGUCUUGGUCCUGGAGGCAUGAAACUCUCCUGGUUUGAAUUCUGGCCCUCCAGGACCAAGACUGUGUUGCCCUACCUACAUGAAUGCCCGUUUCAUACGACUAAACCGAGCUGUAUGAUGCAGGCUCAGAGAUAGUCCUGUCCGGCACCAUCUCGGCAGCCAUGAUGAAUGUUUAACUAGGGCAUGGAAGCUUAAUUUCAAUUGGCUCUGCCUGGUCCGGUUCAACUCGGUUCAGUAGUGUGAAAGAAGGGUGUGACAGUAACGAGGGAGGACUCAGUUCUUAAAGUAAUGGGACUCCUUCGCUCCAGAAACUUAGAAGUGGAGGCAGGAAGAGGAUAUGGACCGAUUAGUUUCACCACCGUUUGAAGGGAAAAUAUACACGUUCCACUUGACAUUUCAUAGUUGCUAAACGGAAGCAGCAAUUUAAAACAAGCAUCAAAAUUAGGAUGAAAAAAUAAAAUAAAUUGAUAACUUGUGCCCUUAAAUUCAGUGUGGACUCGGAGAGAGAUGAUGCUCUGUGUCUCCACAGGGACAACGCUGACAGCCUGGCUAGCAGAGCUGCAGGAGGAGAAAUAGUGCCUUGCUUUACUAUGGGGUGAUUUGCAUCAUAUACAGACAGUAUGUUAUGUGACAGAAGUGGCCUUUUGAUUACAAUAAUGAGAGUAAAACAAAACAUAAGGUCUAAUGAAAGCUGCAGGUAAACUGGGCAAUUAGCCUGGUUCCAGAUCGGUUUCCGUGGCGCCAUGCUAAUGUAACGACCAUAGCGUAAAAUGGGAUUACCUGACCCAGGACCAGGCUACGGUUUAGAAAUGAGGAUUCCUUAAUUGUGUGAGAGUUAAAGUAAAGCUCAAAACACACUACAACAACAGAUCGUUUGUUUGAAAGUAACUCAUUUAGUAUCUAGUUGUUUGUGAUGUAUGCCUUUGUCUUCAAUGAACAUUUACACAAAAAGAAAAGUCCCUACAUUUUUCUAUUGGAUUUGAUUAAAGAAAUAUUCAUCAACAUAGAAUGUAAUUUCAUGGACACAGCUAGAUGUGUUUAAUGUGUUAGCAUGUGGUUAAGAAGGAAUAAAUAACAAGAUUUUUUUUUUUUUGUAUUUAUAAAGAAAAAAAGGAUUGUUAGCUUACAACAACUUGUUUCUUUCAGUGAGCGAGUUGUCUGUGCACCGUUUUUCUGGAGAUGCGUAUUUCUUCUUGUCCCCGCUGCAGUUGUUAGAUCGAACUAUUUCCAACAUGGUGGUAGCUUUGACAAUGUUUUAACCUCUUCCUCUGAGUCACUGCUUUUUAAAAAGCAAUAGUACAUCAAGCAAAUAGUGACUCAAUGUUUUUGCACCAUUGUUACCCUGGCCUGUCAUUUCUCCAUCCACUUCUGUCCCUAAGGUUUAACAGGUGACAUUGUAAGAUUGCAUGUUGUAUAGGAUUAGGGUAGACUAUACAGAGUUAUUUAUUGAAUGCCAAUUCAGGUUGAAAUAAAACAUAAUAGUAAACUUUGAUACAAAUUCAAAAUCCACUGUUGAAAAAGUUAACUGUCUAUUUAACAUAGUUGUGUGCCUUGAAGUUGAAGUACUAGAAUUUAUACUGUGGUCGACGUAUUUUCUAUUCCGAGUCCCGUAUUUGCCUCUUGUUGCUACUCUGCGCUGUGUGUCUGUGUCAUAGACUAAAAGAUCUAAAAUAUGAAGUAUUUUCUAAGUUUGAUGAUACUUUUCCUGCUUUUAUUUUUCCAUUUGAACAGUUAUUUCUUUAAGGAACUGAGGCAAUAACAAAUGUCAUAAGAACUUUGUGGCAAUUUAAGAGUUUUUGUUUUUCGUAUGUUGUUUUAGCACUUUGGGAAAUGUUCGUAUUAAUCACAAAUUAGUGGUGAUCAUUAGCCUGCCUUAUUCCUUCCAACCAUGACUUCUUAUGAGAUAAUCUUUCAAUCAUGGCCAGUGUUUGACAUACAAAAAUUUAAGAUCUGCACUUCAUGAAGUUCGUUGUCUGGCAGGAUAUUCAUAACCCUUUUCUAUGUAGUUUUACCUUUUUGUCUGAAUUAUUCUUAUUAAGUUUCAACUAAUGGAAUAGGUGGUCCCAAAUGUUAGCAAAACUAGUUGAAUGAAACAAUCACUCAUGGUUUAAUAUUAUUAUGCCAUUUCCAGGCCCACCUGUCUGCCUUCCUGAAACUGAAAAGCAGAUUUUGUUUGUCAAAUUUUAUAGUAAUGUAUUUGUUUGUUUGAUUUUUGCCCUAUGUAACAAACAUACUAGUAAACAACAUAUACCUAA